AUGCCAACACCACCUAUCCAAAUACACGUAUACCAUGCUUUCCAGUACACCUCCCAGAUUCUACUCAAAUCCAGGCUAGAUGCUAACACUCAUGCUAACACAGUCUUCACAACAACCCUCGAACGAGGCCCAAAACGCAUCCCCCUUCCACCACCGCUCAACACCGACAAACCCACCGUCCUCUCAACCCUCCAAAACCACACACUCCUGAAACACUGCAUCUGGCCGGACUCCACGACAAAAUCCACAGACCCGCGCGUGAACACUAGCAUCUUCAACAUCCACUACCCAAACGACAACGACGCCUUCAAAGCAUCCUUCGUCAACAUCGACAGCGGCGUCUCCGUUCUCGAAGAGCAUGUGAUACCUGGUGUUAAUAUUACUGUUUGCUGGAAGGUCGUCGGUAGCCAGAAUGGGAUUUGGUAUCUUGAGGAGAAUGCGUGGUUGGAGUGCUCGUUUCUGAUGGGAUGGAUAUAUAAGCUGAGGGAUGGGUAUCUGCCGAAGACGCAGAGGGUUCUGGCGUUGUUGGAGAGGGUUGCACAGGGCGAUAGGUUGAAUGAGAGGGUUGCUAGCGCUGCUGGGAGGGUGAGGUAUGUUGAGCCUGUGAAGAGGAAGACCUCUGCACUUCCAUCCGUCGACCACAGCGGCACAAACGUGAACUCAGAGACCAACCCUGCCCUUUCUGCACGGCAAUUCGACUUUCCAAUUUCAGGACAGCGCCUGGACAACGGCGCAUACUGCAACACCAGAGACAUCUGCAAGUCCUUCUACUGCAAUAACGAACGCUGCGCCACCAACCAGUGCAAAACCACCGAAGACUGCGGAGGAUACGUCUGCAGCCACAACAACAGAUGCAUCGACGCCAACCUCUACGAUAACAAGAAUUGCGAGCAAGAUAAACAAUGCCGCUCUGAUAAAUGCACAAAUGGCAAAUGCACCCCGGGCACCGGCUACUACAACGCGCGCUGCUCAAGUGCCCGCGAGUGCAAUGACGGCCUUAUCUGUCGGCAAGCGGCGUAUCUUGGAGACGGCCAGAGGGCAUGCUUGGAUCCGGAGACUUCCGGCACUGGACAAGAUGAGGGGGCUCCUUGUGGGCGCGACUCGGACUGUAAAAGGGGGCUCGAGUGUAAGAAUAACAGCACGGAUAUUCAAGGCGUGUUUGGCGGCUUUGGCUGGCAGCAAGACCCGAGGGAUCGAUUUCAAUGCACGAAGCCGGCUUAG